AUGACCCGGGCAAUAGAUAAAUCCGCCAUUCACCGCAUGUGCUCUGGACAGUACCCCGUCCUUCGUCCCCCCCUUUCGCCACUCGCCAUGGUCCCGCCGCGCAAGCCUGAAUUGACGCACUUUGGAGCUCCGCACGCCACGCUGCGAAUCGCAGCCCUGAUACGUGUCACAGAGCCGGUAGAGAACAUAAACGCGGCUAGUGCACAGUUGCUUAUCCCCACCCAAACACCCCCCUCCUCCUUCCUCCCGCCCCUCCAACGCCCCAUCCCAUGUGGUUUUGCACGUGGAAGUGGCGGAGAAGAGCUGGUGGAGAGCCUGGAUGUGGGCAGUGAGAGACCCGCCUCUUUCCACCCAAAUACCCCGCGGCCUUUCCCCCCCUCACUCCUCUCUCCACCUCCAAUCUCCCACAGGGUUGGUGUUGGACCCAGCGGUGACGGUGAAGAAGAGCCAGGGAUAUGGCUAGCGGGGUACAUGUUUCCCUGCAUCCCCAUACUCCCGACUUCCAUCAAUCCCCCUCCCCCCACGCAGGUGGUUUUGGACAUGGCAGGCGCGGUGAAGGAGCUGGUGGUGUUGGACGUGGCGGGCGCGGUAAAGGAGAUUGUUGAGAAUAGUCUGGACGCGGGGGCAACGAGUGUGGAGUUGAUGCGCAGGUUGGACGCGGGGGCGGCGGGCGUGGAGGUGCGCCUCAAGGACUUUGGCGCGGAGCUCAUUGAGGUGUCGGAUUACGGCUGCGGGUUCCCCGGCCAAUCACCGAUUCCCUACUCCCUCUACACCGUUGCAGGCAUUGACUCUCGAGUACCACACAUCCUCCAUCUCUGCACUACUGAAGGCACUGACCCUCUAUCGCUCUCCUCCUUCGGCUUCCGAGGGGAGGCCCUCUCCUCCCUCUGCGCCCUCGCCCAUGUCACCAUCACCACCCGCAUCGCCAACGAGCCCAUAGCAACGCUCCUAGCAUUUGACCAUGUUGGAAAGCUCCUAGACACCCCUCGGGGACAUGUCGCUCGGGCAGUCAGAACGACGGUCAGCGUGGCAAAGAUUUUCUCGCCGCUACCCGUGCGGCGGCGGGAGUUUGAGCGGAACGUGCGGGGGGAGUUUGCGAAGCUGCUCUACCGCUCCUUCAACUCCCUGCAAUUCCCCGCUGCUUUCCUAAACGUUUCGCUUAGUGCAGACGCGUACGACGUGAACGUGACCCCGGAUAAGCGCAAGGUGUUUUUGCACUACGAGGUGGCGCUGCUGUCGGGGCUAAGAGCGACGUUGUCGGAGUUUUAUUCGUCGGAUAGGUAUGUCUACCGAGCCGCGCCAGCCGGUUCGGUAGCGAAGGAGAUUGAGGAACGGGCGAGGAGGGAGGUUGGGGAGAAGAGAAAAGGGAGAAGGGGUGUGGGAAGAGGGGUAGGGGAUGGGGAGGAUGGGGGGGAGGGUGGUGAGGAUGGAGAGGAAGAGGGGGAGGGAAGGAGGAAGCGAGUGAGGGUGAGUAGUGAUAGUGGUGGUGGUGCUGCUGCUGGUGCAUGA